CCGCCUCAUCCAUUGUUGGGCAAUAAUCUGCGACAUCGAAACAGUCUUGACCGAAACUAUUUAGGUAACAAACUCAGGAUAACUUGCAGCCGCUCACGUAGCUGAGUUCCUCGGAUAUUUUCUUUUUCCAGAGUGGAAGUAGCUUGUUCGCUUAGGAUCGCAACUCAAGUGAGCCAGGAAAAGGGAGGAAAAGUUUUGAAGCAAGGAACUCCGUAUUUCCCAUUCCUCCAUUUUGAACUUUUAAACUACAGUUUUGCCUGUGGGUUGUUUUCAAAUUACAGACAUCAUGACAACUAUCAACACCGCUAACAUCAACUUUAAAUGGGACCCGAAGAGCCUGGAGAUUCGCACUCUGGCUGUGGAGAGGCUGCUAGAACCCCUGGUCACACAGGUCACCACCCUGGUAAACUCCAGCAACAAAGGCCCAUCUAACAAGAAGAAAGGACGAUCCAAGAAGGCUCAUGUUUUGGCGGCAUCUGUGGAGAAUGCCACCCAGAACUUCCUAGAUAAAGGAGAAAAAAUUGCAAAAGAGAGUCAAUUUCUCAAGGAUGAGCUGAUCGCUGCUGUGGAAGAUGUCCGCAAGCAAGGUGACUCGAUGCGACAGGCUUCUGGAGAAUUUGCGGAAGACCCCUGCUCAUCUGUGAAGAGGGGCAAUAUGGUCCGUGCUGCCAGAGCCCUCCUGUCGGCAGUCACACAUCUGUUGGUGCUGGCAGACAUGUCGGAUGUCUACAAACUUCUACUUCAGCUUAAACUGGUGGAAGAAAAUCUUGUGAAAGUGCGUAAUGCAGGAACUGAGCAGGACCUUGGGAUCCAAUAUAAGGCCUUAAAACCCGAGGUGGAUAAGCUCAACAUGAUGGCCGCCAAGAGACAGCAGGAGCUGAAGGACGUCCACCACAAGGACCAAAUGGCGGCUGCUCGUGGCGUGCUGCAGAGGAACAUCCCCAUGCUGUACACGGCAUCACGCGCCUGCCUCCAGCACCCUGACGUGGCGGCCUAUAAGGCUAACCGCGACCUGAUCUACAAGCAGCUGCAGCAUGCCGUCUCCGGCAUCUCCAACGCUGCUCAGGCCACCGCCUCAGAGGACUCUGCACUCGCUCAUCCAGCAGGUGGUGGAGAACUUGCCUACGCCCUCAACAACUUUGAUAAACAAAUCAUCGUGGACCCCCUGGCGUUCAGUGAGGAGCGCUUCCGUCCCUCCCUGGAGGAGCGCCUUGAGAGCAUCAUCAGCGGCGCUGCCCUCAUGGCCGACUCUUCUUGCACAAGAGAUGACCGCAGGGAGCGCAUAGUGGCCGAAUGCAAUUCCGUGCGCCAGGCUCUCCAGGACCUGCUGUCUGAGUACAUGGGCAACGCUGGAAGGAAAGACCGGAGCGAUGCUUUGAACACCGCCAUUGACAGGAUGACCAAGAAGACCAGAGACCUUCGCAGACAGCUGCGUAAAGCUGUCAUGGACCAUGUCUCCGACUCUUUCCUGGAGACCAAUGUACCCCUCCUGGUCCUGAUUGAAGCUGCAAAGAAUGGCAACGAGAAGGAAGUGAAGGAAUACGCACAGGUGUUCCGUGAGCACGCCAACAAGCUGAUCGAGGUGGCCAACCUGGCAUGCUCCAUCUCCAACAACGAGGAGGGAGUGAAGCUGGUCCGCAUGGCAGCAUCUCAACUGGAAACUCUUUGCCCCCAGGUGAUUAAUGCAGCGUUGGCCCUUGCUGCCAAGCCCAACAGUAAGGUGGCCCAGGACAAUAUGGAUUUGUUCAAGGAGCAGUGGGAGAAGCAAGUCCGCGUCCUCACCGACGCCGUCGAUGACAUAACGUCCAUCGAUGACUUCCUCUGCGUGUCUGAGAACCACAUCCUGGAGGAUGUGAAUAAGUGUGUCAUCGCUCUGCAGGAGAAAGAUGUUGACGGUUUGGAUCGCACUGCCGGGGCCAUCAGAGGCCGUGCCGCCAGAGUCGUCCACGUGGUCACCUCUGAAAUGGACAAUUAUGAACCUGGAAUCUACACUGAGAAGGUCUUGGAGGCCACCAAGCUCCUCACCAACACAGUCAUGCCACGGUUCACAGAGCAAGUCGAGUCUGCAGUGGAGGCCUUGAGUGCAAACCCCUCCCUACCUGUGGAUGAGAAUGAGUUCAUCGACGCGUCUCGUCUGGUAUAUGAUGGCAUCCGCGACAUCCGCAAGGCUGUCCUCAUGAUCAGAACUCCAGAGGAGCUGGACGACUCUGACUUUGAGACCGAAGACUUUGAUGUUCGUAGCAGGACCAGCACGCAGACAGAGGAUGACCAGCUCAUUGCCGGCCAGAGUGCACGGGCCAUCAUGGCCCAGCUGCCCCAGGAGCAGAAGGCAAAGAUUGCCGAACAGGUGGCUAGCUUCCAGGAAGAGAAGAGCAAGCUGGAUGCUGAGGUAUCCAAGUGGGAUGACAGCGGCAAUGACAUCAUAGUGUUGGCCAAGCAGAUGUGCAUGAUCAUGAUGGAGAUGACAGACUUCACCAGGGGGAAGGGCCCUCUGAAGAAUACGUCUGACGUCAUCAGCGCCGCCAAGAAAAUUGCAGAGGCAGGAUCGCGAAUGGACAAGCUGGGCCGCACCAUUGCUGACAAUUGCCCUGACUCCACCUGUAAGCAGGACCUGCUGGCCUACCUGCAGCGUAUCGCCUUGUAUUGCCACCAGCUCAACAUCUGCAGCAAAGUCAAGGCCGAGGUGCAGAACCUGGGAGGAGAGCUCGUCGUCUCUGGAUUGGACAGCGCCAUGUCUCUUAUCCAGGCCGCUAAGAACCUGAUGAACACAGUGGUGUCCACUGUCAAGGCUUCCUACGUGGCCUCUACCAAGUACCAGAAGAGCAAAAAUAUGGAGUCCCUGAAUAUGCCCGCUAUCUCCUGGAGGAUGAAAGCUCCCGAGAAGAAGCCUUUGGUGAAGAGAGAGAAGCAGGACGACGGCCAAACCAACAAGGUCAAGAGGUCCUCUCAGAAAAAGCACAUCAACCCGGUGCAGGCUCUGAGCGAGUUUAAGGCCAUGGACAGCAUCUAGAAUGUCCAGCUUACAGCGACAACACAAAGUAUUGACCAAUGAGUUUAUAUAUAAAGGAAACACUUUUAUCGUACGUGUUCCUCAUUGCGUAGACCUAUUAUAUAUCACUACACUGCCUCGUUUCUAUUCCAUAAAUUCAGAUUCUGAAGCAUUAACUGGAAUGUGCAGUUAGAGGGAAAUCAACUGGACAAAUGCAUUUUUCGAUCAUAUAUUUCCUUUCUUUGUCCACGUUUUAUGGAAGGAAAGAGCAGAUUCUAGAGAUAAUGUGAGAAGUUAUUCCAUGAGGCUUAUGAUUAUUUUGUAUUCUAACCAGUUUUAGCAAUAAUGUGGGGUCGCUGGUGUUUUCAACUGCAAUGUUUGAUUAUAGCAAAUACCUUCUGUACUGCAAAUAUUCACUAUGCAAAAUCUGCCUGCCUUAUUUUGACUUGAGAAAUAACUGUAGUUCAUUUGGAAUGUGCUGGGCUAACUGGUAAGAUUUUAAAUGUUUUGAUUCCUUCAAGGAACCAAAGUUAAUAUAUUUCUGUGUGCCUGCUUUUUUCUUACUUUAUGCACACUUUAGUUAUGCCACUACAACGGUCCAAAAAGGUUUGAAUUGACCAACACUAUUUUCAUGACUCAUUUGUACCCAUUUCCUUUUGGACUGAUUCCUUAUAGAUUAAGCAGCUCAAGUUUUAUAAUUUUUUAUUUCUUUUUUGAUGUAAUCAAGGUGACAAAAUGUUGUUGCGUUACUUUUUUUUGUUGCAUAAGUGACACACAUACAUACACCCAUUUCAGCCCCUCCAUAUGAAUACGCCUGUGCUCCGGAGUCUGGGAGAACCCAGUGGGCUCAACAAUGAGCAGAACCCGGGUCGUUAUUAUCCAACGCCGACGAGCUUAACUGUCAAUGAGACCAAAC